AUGACAGAAGUCCAAAAGGAAGUACGACAGGAGGAGUUUGAUGCAGUCCACGCCUACUUCAUCGGACCCAAGGGCUCCAAUCUGCCUGACUUCCGAGCCAACAUCAAUACCAUUCUUGAUGAACUCCUCGCCGCACGUCAAAGCUACUACCCUCAGGACCAGGCCUUCAUCUCCAAAGAGUACCGCCGCUCCCCAGUAUUCCUCAAAGCCCGCUCCGAUCUCCGCCUAGCAACCGAAAAGGUAGCACAGCUUCUUGGCGAACACUCGGCACCGUUCUGGUCCCCUCGCUAUGAGGCCCACAUGUGCACUGACUUAACCAUGUCGUCCCUGCUCGGGUACUUCAUGACCAUGUUGUAUAACCCCAACAAUGUCGCUCUCGAGGCUAGUCCUAUGACGACGCUUGUGGAAUUAAGGGUUGGGCAGCAGCUUUGCAAGUUGUUUGGGUACAAUAUUGAUCCGCAGAAGAGUCCUCUUUCUUGGGGACAUAUUACCUGUGAUGGAACGAUUGCCAAUUUAGAGUCCAUUUGGGUUGCCCGAAACCUCAAGUUCUACCCUCUCAGUCUUUGUCUUGCACUCCGCCGCGGAAAGCUCCGAUUCAUCGCCGACAGAUUCUAUGCACCUCAGUGUUUCCACGCGACUACAAAGACGCUCUUCAAAGAUCUUCAAGGAUGGGAUCUGCUCAACCUUCGCUCCGAGGUCAUCCUGGAUCUCCCUGAUCAGCUCAACAAGAAGUUUGGUAUCACGAGCAAGUUUCUCGAGAGUGCACUCAAUGAGUUCAACAUCCAGACCAUCGGUCGUGAAGUCCUGGAGAGAGAGUUCAAAGUCAAGGAACCGAUUAAGUACUUUGUUAGCAAGACUCGUCAUUACUCAUGGCCCAAGGGUGUUGCAAUUACUGGUCUUGGCUCGGGUAAUGUCGUCGGAGUAGACGUCAACAACAGCGCUCAGAUGGAUAUCAAGCUCCUAGAAGAACAUCUCCACAAAUGCGUCGAGACUAAAACCGCCGUCUUCGCAGUCGUCGCCAUCAUCGGCUCUACCGAAGAAGGUGCCGUCGACAGACUCACUGAAGUCCUCCAACUGCGAAAGAAAUUCCAAGAUGAACACGGUUUGUCGUUCCUCGUACAUGCUGAUGCUGCUUGGGGUGGUUACUUUGCCACAAUGCUGAUCCCUGACAGACGUUACAGCGUCGAGGAGCAGACUGACACAAAGCCUGAGCCGGAAUGGUACUUAGAUCCCAAGACAGUCGAGGAUAUCAAGGCUAUGGCGGAGGCGGACUCGAUUACUGUUGAUCCGCACAAGGCUGGUUACAUCCCGUAUCCCGCGGGUAGCUUGGUGUAUCGUGAUGGAAGGAUGAGACACCUUGUUACUUGGUCUGGGCCGUACCUUUCGCAGGGAUCGGCGGAGAACAUUGGUGUUUAUGGUGUUGAGGGCAGUAAGCCUGGUGCUGCAGCCAUGUCAGUAUGGUUCUCUAACCAAAGUAUCGGCCUCAACCACCAAGGCUACGGUAAACUCCUCGGUGAAGCAACCUUCACCAGCGCGAGAAUCUCAGCUCACUACGCAACCAUGGAUAACGAAUACUUCACCUGCAUCCCCUUCAACAUGCUUCCAUCCGAGAAUCACGGCAACAAAAAGUUCCUCUCCACAUCUGUGAUGAACGAGCGCAAGAAGAUCCGCGAUCUCAUCAUCGGUAAAACCGAUACCGAGAUCUUCAAAUCCAAGGAGGCCAUGAAAAUCAUUCGUGACUUGGGCUCUGAUACCAACAUCAACUGCUUCACCUUCAAUUGGAAAGAUAAGGAUGGUGUUUUGAACACUGAUCUUGAAGAGGCGAAUUAUCUGAUGAAGAGAGUGGUGGACAGACUUUCGAUCACAUCUCCCAACACUGAUCCAUCCACCAUUCCCAUCUAUCUCACCUCGACUCAAUUUCUACCUGAAGACUAUGGUAAAUGCGCGCACAAGUUCAUGGAGCGAAUGGGUGUUCACAAGUCAGACCAAAGUCUGUUUGUCAUCCGAAACGUCGUCAUGAGUCCUUUCCCCACAAAGAAGGAUUUCAUCUCGACUAUUAUGCACGACUUGGAGAACGUCGUCAUAGAAGAGGUCAAGAAGUGCAGAGAGAGAAAUGACCCCGGUGCCAAGAAACUGCAGUUCCUUGUGCAAGGGUCACCCAAUGCACCCGAGUUGUAUCUUGUGUUCCAAGCUUCGUUCCACAGUGUUACUCGAAGACAGCAGGUCAUUUUAUCUGCCGAGCUCGACGAUACCUUGAAGGAAUUUUAUGCGAAGAGUUUGGAGGAUAGUCAUGAUACUGUUCUUAUGCUAGAGACGACUGACGAGCUGUUUGUUGUCGAUGUCAUCAGCGGUAUCCCAGACGGAACCCAGUUGGCGGUUACCUUGUAUGAGAAUGGUUUGCAGGAGUAUGAGAAGGCGCAAGGCGUCAUCACUCUCAAGUCCAUGAUCAAGAGUCGUCCACUAAACUCGAUCAACCGUGACAUCAAUUAUCCCGACAAGUUCAUGCCCUUCUACCUCUACGGAUCAGAAGACGAACUGCACAUCACCCACGCCCUGGUCAAGUCCCCCAACAUUUCCCUCUCUGCCAGCAACGUCACAUUUGACCAGCCUCUCCCGUCGUCGGUUACCAGCAACCUAUCUCAAGGUUUCAUCCUCGGUCUCGUUGAAAUCCCCGAAGCCUCAAUGCAACCCUUCGCCGAGCGAAACAAGGAUCUAGGCGAAGACUUUUUCUUCUCCAGCGGCAAGAAAUUCAAGGUUUCUGUCUGGAAAGACCCAAAGGAUAGUGAUGCCGAGGGUCCAGAUUUACUCAAAGACUUGGACGAUGAAUUGUAUGAAGGUAAAAUGACGCUAGGAGAGAAUGUCUUCGUGGACGCUGAGGGGCCGAAUGAGGAUCAGUUGAAGGAUAUCAAAGUUGAGUCAGACGCUUGGCAGAGAAAGUUGGAUGAGAUUGGUAGCGUUUUGGAUGGAACACACACUUGCAAGGAUUAG